ACAACGUACUUACACCAACCAAACCGGCACAAACAAUUUUAAAGCUGACGAAAAGCAACAGCACCUAUCUUAUCAAUAAACGAACUGGUAAAGCGGCGAAUUAAUCAUCAAAGUGUUUCUUUAAAUAUUUAUAAAAAUAUUACUGACAUACAAACACAAAAGACCACAUAGACAGUAUAGUGGUGAACCCCAGUUUGUUUGUUUCCGCAAAAGUAGGCAUUAGCAAUUCAGUUGCCGGCAAGCAAGCAUAAAAUCAAAUACUAGACUAAACCUAAGAUGGCUACUGUGACAUACGAAGAAGUCAAAGAUGUACCGAACCAACCCAACACUUACUUGAUCGAUGUGCGAAACAAGGACGAGUUAGCCAGGACUGGCGUAAUACCAGGAGCUAUUAGUGUUCCCAUGACUGAUUUGGAGGCAGCUUUCCAGAUGUCUGAAAAUGACUUUAAAACCGCACUUAAUCGUGACAAGCCGAGUAAGGCGACAGUUCUGAUAUUCACGUGUCAAGCUGGUGGACGUGCUAAGAGGGCUUAUGAAUUGGCAGUGGCAAAUGGCUAUGAAAAUGCAAAAUACUAUCCUGGUUCCUGGACUGAGUGGGCCGAGAAGGAAGGUUUGAAUAAAGCUUAAGCCAACUAACACGAAUAUGAACAAUAUAUCUUUGAAAAUACAAUGUUGAAUUAACAUAAGAAAGUAGUAAAAAGUUAAACAUAUCAAAUAUGCUAAGUAUAAAACACAAAUAAAAAGAAAUAAGAAAUAAAAACUAUGCUGCACACUAUUGUAGGCCUACAUACAUACUUACAAUCAAAAAGCUAUCCUAAGCUGAUUGCUCUCCUUCUAUUGCAUUUAAAAUAGAUGUUUACAAUUAUUGUAGAGCGUUUAUUGAAUAAAUUACAAUUGAAAAUGUA